UAGCCCUUCUGGCAGUAUAUCAGGAUGGGGGUCAGAAGAUAUUGGUUUUACUGGGAAUAUCAUAUUAUUCUACUGUCUGUUUUGUCAUUGCAGUGGAAGGGCAGGAAUUGUGAGGAACAGACAGAGGCUCUACCAGGGUAUAAAAUCGAGGCACCAGCAGAGGUGACAGUGCAGAAAGGACUCUGUGUGCUCAUCCCCUGUAACUUUAUUGUUGGUCCCGGUUAUACCUUAACCAAAGAUGCCAUUGGAAUCUGGUAUAAAGGAAAUAAAGGAUAUCCCAAUGACCCAGUUGCAGCUUCUACUGACUCUCAGUUCCCUAAUACAACAAACGGCCGCUUUAUAUUCACUGGUAAUGUGAGUGCAGGAGACUGUUCCUUCUCUAUCAGUGAUGCACAACCAGGAGAUGCUGCAACAUAUCGGUUCAGACUUGAGGGUCCUGUAAAAUUUAAUUAUCUUCAUAUCCAGCCUUCUGUAUCUUUGACAGGCCUGAAAGAACCUGAAAUAUCUCCCACUGGGGAUCUGAUCGCUGGAAAAGAAGUGACUGUGACUUGCUUGGCUCCUACAAGCUGCCCUGGGCUCUCUCCAAACUUCACAUGGGAGGGAAGUGUAAAUACAGAAAAUGCACAAAGGCAUGAAUUGCUGCACCAAGAUGGGACCGUCACCUACUGGUCAAAUAUCACUUUCACUCCAUCACCGAGACACCAUAAUUCCUCCUUAACCUGCACAGUGACUUAUAAAUAUGGGUCUGCUAAGAAAAGUAUCACCUUGAAUGUUGAAUAUCUACUCAUCUUAAUUAUCACUGGUCCAGGUGGGACAGGUGAGAGCAGCAGUGUGAGCAUUAAAGAAGGAGACUCCCAAGAAAUCUACUGUAAAGUGGACAGUAACCCAACAGCCAACAUUAUCUGGACUAGAGGAAAGAGCCCUGUUGAGAAUAUCCAGAAGCAGAAUGGACAGAAUGUGACUCUGUCACUAAGGAAUGUUACAGAGAAUGACAGUGAUACAUAUACAUGUACUGCACAGAACCAACGGGGGAACAACAGUCGCUCUAUCAGUGUCUCUGUGGAAUAUGCACCGCGGCAGACAAUCAUCUGUGUACAAAAGCUGGAAGGUUGCCUUCCUGUAGGAAAUGUUACUGUUCCAGAUGGAUCUUCACUGUCCUUACAUUGUGAGGCUAAAAGUAACCCCCAAGCAACAUUUUCCUGGAGUCAGAAUGGUUCACUCAAAAAGAUUUCUGGAAACGAUGUGCUGAAUGUCCAGGUUACAGCUAAUAUUGAAUAUACAUGCCAAGCUGAAAAUAAAUAUGGACUAUCAAAUAGUUCCAUCAUUAUUAUUGCCACACCUGUACAAAAGCCUCAGACAAAUUUCCUCAUUGUUGGACUUUGUAUUUUAUUUCUUACACUUGUGGUGGUAAUAGCGGUGUUUGUGUUCAGAUGGAUGAGAAAGAAAAAAGAAUUACAGGAGGACAAAACUACGACAGAGAUGCCUAAAAGUGAUGGAGAUAUGGUUUACAAUAAUAUAGAGAUUAUACAAAGCAUCAGUAAUGACUUCUACAUGGACACAGAGGAAACAAAACUGGAUAAGGAGGAUUCUGAUUUGUAUAUGAACAAUGAAACAGAGGUGCAAUAUGUCACCCUCGAUUUCUCAAAAAUAAAACCAAAGGAAGCUCCUCAAAUGGAGAACAUUAUAUAUUCUGAGGUCAAACGCAAGUAACCCUGGACAUACUGUAUACUGAUAAAAUGCAUGGAUGAAGAAGAAAAGCUGAGUCUGAAACAGCUACGUAAAUCAUGAAAAAUCUAUGGUUUUGAGUUGCACAGGGCAAUCGUCUAAAGAAAUAACAAAUAUAUAUAUAUAUGUUGUCAUUAAAACAAUCAACAAAAAGUGGGUUUGGCACAAUCUUGCACUGAACAAAGGUAUAUUGUGCCAUCAAUGUAACCGAGGAGCUGACAUUUGAUAUAUUUGGUUAUAUACUGGUUGAGAUAUUUAGCAAGGAAAGCUGCCCAAAAUACAGUUCCCUCUCAAAGACAUAUACGUAAGAAAUGUGAACUGCGGUGGUUACUGGAUAAACAUAUGAAAAACACUUAAUUCUGGUAUUUCCUUGUGGCACUGAGCACCUCAGGUGUGAAACUUUAACUUUAAGUCCUGAGGGCCAAGGACUGACCCAAAUCAGUUUAUAAGGCUAUUUAUGAAUAAAUAUGAGAAGGAAUAUUUGUGUUUUUAUUUCAGGCAGUUGUGAAAAAGCAAAGUUGUGAUAUUUAAUGACAUAAAUGUUAAUACUGAAUGCAUGAAUAAUAAUCUCUUUUACGUGAUUAAAACUAUGCACGUGAGUG